ACAGACACACACACACACACAGAGACACUCCUUCCCCUCGCACACACAUAACUUUACAGUAGCUCCCACAGAGCCACAGAGCGCCGCGACCCUCCGGAGAAAGAAGCUAGCCAGCCCCCUCCCGGCGAGAGGAAAUGAAGAGGAGGCUACAUAAAAAAUACUUGGUUUUGAUCCUGGCAUAUUCAGGUUUACUUCUGCUAAUCCCGUACGUGUUAGAUUACCGAGAUAAAUCCGUUCAACACGCCAGACAUGGACUGCAGCAACAGCCCAGAUGCCCAGAUUUGGCGCUGCUGUGGGAUAACGGUUACAAACUUAACGGCAGCGAGGAGACGGAGCCGGCCGUCAACCGGAGCCAGUCUCGGAUACACAUCUACCUACAUGCCACCUGGAGGACUGGCUCCUCGUUUUUGGGGGAGUUGUUCAACCAGCACCCCGAUGUUUUCUACCUGUACGAGCCAAUGUGGCACAUAUGGCAGGCUCUGUAUCCGGGGGAUGCGGCCAGUCUCCAGGGCGCAGUGCGGGACAUGAUGAACGCCUUGUACCGCUGCGACUUCUCCGUCCUCAAACUUUACGCCGGCUCGCAAAACAUCACCACUUCGUUCAUAUUCGGCUGGAAAAUGAACAAGGUGAUAUGCUCCGAGCCGCUAUGCGAUGCGCACAAGCGUCAUGAAAUUGGGCUGGUGAAAGAGGACCAGUGCGCAAAGUGCCCGAAGCGGGACAUUAGGGACCUGGAAAGGGAGUGUAGAAAGUACCCGGUGAUGGUGAUCAAAGGAGUGCGCGUCUUGGACCUGAGCACGCUGGUUCCUUUGAUGAAAGACCCUGCGAUAAACCUCCAGAUCAUUCAGCUCUUCAGAGACCCGAGGGCCGUGCACAACUCCCGCCUGAAGUCCAAACAGGCCCUGGUGAAGGAGAGCAUCCAGGUGCUGAGGAGUAAGAAGCAGGCCGACAAGUACAAGCGGCUGCUGGUGCCGAGCAGCAAGGUGAACCGGGCCGAGAGCUACGUCUCCAGCGCCAUGGAGCUCAUCUGUGACAACUGGCUCAGUGACAUGAUGCUGGUGAUGAAUGCGCCUCCCUGGGUGAGGAGGAACUACCUCCGCAUCCGCUACGAGGACCUGGUCCUGCACCCCAUGGAGGAGCUCCAGAGGCUGUACCGCUUCUCCAACCUCUCCUCCUUCCCGGCUCUGGAGAAGUUUGCCCUGAACAUGACGCACGGUCAGGGGUAUUCCUCAGACAGGCCGUUCCUGAUCUCAUCCAGAGACGCAAAAGAGGCUAUAUAUGCCUGGAGGGAGAGACUCAACGUUGAGCAGAUCAAUCAGGUGGAGGCCUACUGCAGCGAGGUCAUGAGGCAGCUGGGGUAUCAGAAGAACAGCGUGGACAAGACAACAUGAGGAUGUGCCCUGAGGAAUCAAGGGUCAAGGGACCUGGUGUUCGAGGCUGAGGGCAAAAGGUGGAAUAACAAAACAAGCAGCUGGAAUGUGGUCCACUGGGAGCUCGCAAGCCGGGUCGAUGAACUGGAGAAAAUCCAAGUGGAAAGAGCAGCCAAUCACAGACAGAUGAAUUUGAAACGAGGAGAAGGCAGCUUAUUUGUACAGUGUUACCUUUACAACACUAGCAGGGACUAUGCAGAUAGAGGGGAUGUGGGAGCGGACUUAAACAAGAAGAGAGAGAUUUGAUGCUGGUUUGUGCUCCUGUUACACUGGCCUGCCUCUAUCCUUCUGUCCUUUUAGCAGCACUAAUCCCUCCACAAAUCCCCUGCAGGCGAGAGCCAUAAAAAGCCAGAGAUGGGUCCUUCUUGCGAGAUAACUGCCAGGAUCCGGUGUGGCAGCGUCAGGCUCGCUCUCACCUGCGCCACUUAUCUGUCCAGCCUAUGACUAAGCGAGGCAGUAAUCUCAAGCAUUACUGAUACUUAACUGAAGUUUUCUCACUAACAAUGCCCAUGAAGAGCUGUGAAAGAAGAAACUACAGUGUUUUCUGGAAAAGAGGCCUGACUGAGGAACUAUUGUUUCGCCCCCAGCCCCUCAGGAAUCCAGACAGCUGCAGCCACCCCACUGACAAAACACUCACAUGGGUGUGAAAUUUUCUAAUAUCCCAUGGACGUGUCUUGGAGAGCUGCCUCUGUGCUCUGCCAAUGAACUUUUUAGCAAGUUUUCACAAGCACAACAGACGGUACUUAUUCAUACUGUGCGCCAUUCUUACUGUUUUUAGUUUUUGUCUAAAAAAGUGUAAAAUGCUGUGACACCCCUCUGGUUGAGGAUGUGUUUAGGAGGAGUAAGAAGUUUACCAGCAUCCAUGUGUUCAACUUUAGAAGUUGGUUCUGUAAUGAUUGUUGUGGGUUAAAUGCCUGAAGAAGUUCUCUUUUCAAAGAAAGAAAUAACUUGACUAUUUAAACUGACUUCAAUAAAGAGUUAGUAA